GGACGGAAUUUCGUCGUCUUCUGUGAUCGUGGAGGUUGUAGGGAGCGUUCAAUUGCCCGAUCGCCCAGGUCAGGGGCACUUCCUACAGCUUAGGAGAUUCAGGUCGCUUCCAUCCUUUGGGGAACCCACGAUGUGCUCGACUGAUGCUGCCAAGGCUCAGCCUGUUGUCUCCUUCGCUCAGUGUGACAUCAUUCAGACGCUUCUACAGAGGUGACAGCCCAACAGAUUCUCAAAAGGACUUGAUUGAAAUCCCUUUGCCUCCUUGGCAGGAGAGAACUGAUGAAUCCAUAGAAACCAAAAGAGCCCGCCUGCUGUAUGAGAGCAGAAAGAGGGGGAUGUUGGAAAACUGCAUUCUCCUUAGCCUCUUUGCUAAAGAAUAUCUGCAUCACAUGACGGAGAAGCAGCUGAACCUCUAUGAUCGCCUGAUUAAUGAGCCUAGUAAUGACUGGGAUAUUUACUACUGGGCCACAGAAGCAAAACCAGCCCCAGAAAUAUUUGAAAAUGAAGUCAUGGCACUGCUGAGAGACUUUGCUAAAAACAAAAACAAAGAACAGAGACUGCGUGCCCCAGAUCUUGAAUACCUCUUUGAGAAGCCACGUUGAAUUGUGAACUGUGCUCCACUCCCUGCCCUGGGACUCUGGCUGUGGACGGUAACCACUUAUGACACUGGCCUCAGCUUCCUGUUGCUCUUAGACAUUGCCCCCUCAAGUGAUGGACACAUCUCUCUCCCAGGACAGACAUGUAAAUGUGCACUGUGACUCUCGCUGACAUUUUUUUGUUGGACUCUGAGCCUUUAAUGUAGUUUGUCAGUGCUGUGGGCACUCGGCCUGUUUGUCUGGCUGCUGUAGUGCAGGUCUGCCACAAGAGGGCACUGUAGGAGAGGCGACUGCGCCUUGCUUUUCUCCUGCCCCAGGUGUGCUCAGUGAAAGGCCUCAGCCAGGCUGUGCUGAAUGAAAAGCUGCCCUCCCACCCCUUCACCCCAGUGGCCCUGGGCUUUGUAGAAGUGAAGUGCCCCCUUCCAACCAGGGAUGAUCCUUUCUGCCCCCUGAGUGGAACCCGUCAAAGACACAGCGGGCAGAAUGAGGGCAGCAUGCGGGAGUGGCGUGGGCCUAAGAGUCAACGUCUUCAUCAUCAGAUUUCUUUUAAAACGUGCACUUUGUAAGUUGAAAGAUCAUGAAUAUUAAAG